AACAAAAACAAAAAGAUUUUCCCCUUUAAUUUGACUUUUCCUUCAUAUCCAUUUUCACAUCAUUGCUUGGUUUCAUCCACAUUAUUAAGAGCUGAAAAUGCCAAUAAAUGUUGCAAAUGAAUAUCAAGAUGAAGGGAGAGUCCAUGAAAUGAAUGGGAUUGCAAAGCCAUUACCUUCUAAGAAAGCCAUAACUACAAACCAGUCACCAAGGAGUCCCUUGAGUCCACAAAAACUUCAUCACCGGACUUUUUCCGGUACAAAGUUUCCAAUUCAUGGGGUUGGUGUUUCCUCUUUGGAACAUGUCUGGGAUGGUGCUGAUAAUUCACCUUCAAUAAGAAGCUGUGGAUCUUUUGGUGAUGAGCCUAGAAUUGAUUCUUUGUUAUCUUCAACGGAUAGUCCAAGAAAGGCAGACAAAGGAUUACCAAAUUUCGGCCUUUCAGUACUAACAAAAUCCUUAUCCAAGGUAAGGACUACUCCAGCUUCAAAGCCUCCUGCUGGAAUUAAGAAUGAGAGCGUUUUGAAGACACAAACUAGCAUGAACAGAUCAAAACCUCCUUUAACCACAUCAGGUUCCAAGAAUGGUGCUGAUUAUUCGCCUCGAUCAUCGAUAUUGGAUAAGCCUGAAAUGGGACAUGUUUUUCUAAAGCAAGCAAGGGACUUUAUGUCAGUAGGGGAUAACCCACAGAAAGCGCUCGAAGCGGCUCUUCAAGCGUUGAGAAUAUUCGAGAAGGUUGCUAACGGAAAGAGAAGUUUAGAUUUGGUUAUGUGUUUACAUGUUACUGCAGCAAUAUAUUGCAGUUUGGGCCAAUACGAUAAGGCAAUUCCAAUAAUUGAAUGCUCAAUUGAGAUUCCUGUUGUUGAGGAAGGAUUACAAAAUGCCCUUGCUAAAUUCUCUGGUUACAUGCAACUGGGGGAUACGUAUGCUAUGCUAGGCCAAAUUAAGAAUGCAAUUAUCUAUUACUCUGAAGGGCUUGAACUACAGAAGCAGGUUUUGGGGGAAACAGAUCCAAGAGUUGGUGAGACUUGUAGGUAUGUUGCUGAAGCCAAUGUUCAAGCAUUUCAAUUAGAUGAAGCAGAGAGGCUAUGCCAAAUGGCUCUUGACAUUCAUAGGGAAAAUGGUUCCCCCCAAUCUCUCGAAGAAGCGGCCGAUAGAAGGUUAAUGGGACUUAUAUGCGAAACAAAGGGAAAUCAUGAAGCUGCAUUGGAGCAUCUUGUUUUAGCCAGCUUGGCAAUGGUGGCAAAUGGCCAAGAAGUAGAGGUGGCAUCUGUUGAUUGUAGCAUUGGAGAUACAUUUAUAUCAUUGGCUCGAUACGAUGAAGCCAUCGUGGCAUUCCAGAAAGCGCUGAAGGUCUUCAAAGCCAGCAAAGGAGAGAAUCAUCCUGCGGUCGCAUCAGUCUAUGUGCGCUUAGCUGAAUUGUAUAACAGGACCUGGAAGCUAAAGGAAUCAAGGUUUUAUUGCCAAAGCGCGCUUCGGAUCUAUGAGAAUCCAGCUGCUGGUGUCCCGCCAGAGGACAUUGCCAUUGGUCUAACUAAUGUCUCCGUUAUCUACGAGUCGAUGGGUGAGCCUGAAAAGGCACUUAACUUGCUGCACAAGGCACUUGUGAUACUGAAGGAUAUGCCUGGACAACAAAGAACUAUUGCAGGAAUUGAAGCUCAAAUUGGAGUUAUCAACUACAUGUUGGGGAGAUAUCAAGAAUGCUAUGAUGCUAUGGAGAAUGCUAUCUCGAAGCUUCGUGCCAGCGGAGACAAGAAAUCAGCAUACUUUGGCGUCGCUCUUAAUCAAAUGGGACUUGCUUGUGUGCAGCUUCAUGCCUUGGAAGAGGCUGUAGAAUUGUUUGAAGAAGCAAAGAUUGUUCUGGAACAAGAGUAUGGACCAUAUAACUCUGAAACUCUUGGAGUGUAUAGCAAUCUUGCUGGCGCCUAUGAUGGACUUGGCAGGGUGGAUGAUGCAAUUGACAUUCUGGAUUACAUAGUGGAGAUGAGGGAAUCAAAGCUUGGGACAGCAAAUCCAGAUGUUGUUGAUGAGAAGAGAAGGUUGGAUGAGUUGUUGAAGCAAACAGGGAGAGUUCGUACAAGAAAAGGAAGGUCACUUGAUCAGCUUCUUGAUGGCAAUGUCCGUACUAUGGGUGACCUUAUUUUCCUCAAUGCCUGAUCUGUUGUUGCGUGAUGAAAGAUAUGGAGGAAGAAGGGCCACUACUAGCUAGGACUCAUGAAAAAACUUAAUCCUUUCAAAAGGAAGCUAUUCAAUGUCAAAAGACAAUUGCUUUGUCACAUCUUUGUAGUGUGGUUUUUAAAUAAAUCUUAUAUUUUAAAAACCUUUUAUAGCUGAAUAUAUAUAUAGACUUGUAAAUGUUGCUUUACUUU